CCAAGACAAAAAGUCUACUUAUCCUCUUCUCAUACAAUCCAAAACUCACAGUUUCUUCUUCUUCUUCACCUUCAUCUUCCAUGGCUUUAUCCUUUGCUUCUUCAACUAGAUUCUCCAAGACGCAGUCAGGGGUAUGUUACAGUGUGUCCUUCACCCCACGAGUCACCGUGAGAUGCUGUGAUACCGGAAAAGAGCCUCCACGACCGAAAUCGAAGCUCCAAGUCGGAUCACCAAUCAUCAUCGUGGAAGCCCCUAAAGUGAUAAAAACAGCCGCUUCAAUGCCUUGUCUAAGGGCUAACUCCGGCUUAGUCAAGCCUGGCGAUGUUGGAAGAAUCGUGUCGAGAAAACCAAAGGACUUGUGGGCAGUUCGACUCUCCAUUGGAACGUAUCUUUUAGAUGGUAAAUAUUUCAAAGCUUUAGAGCUUGAAGAGUGAAGUAAUGCCACGUUAAUUUAACGUUGUAUAUUUUUAAUAUAGAUCUACUUGAAUAUUUUAAAUAUCAUUUUAUAGAUUUUUCU